AUGAAUCCUGGUAGAAGAAGUGUGUUCAGUUACAAGUUUGUGGAACCCCAAUUGAAAGCUUUGAAGGGUCUGGGAACUCGUUUGGACCUGGAUCGCAAAGAUGAUUUAAAGAAGGCUUAUGGGACUCUCCUAGGUAUCCUCAACACUGAAAUGAACACUACGACAAUCCAUACCUUGGUGCAAUUCUAUGAUCCUCCCUUGAGGUGUUUCACUUUUCAGGAUUAUCCGUUGGCACCGACGUUAGAGGAAUACUUGUAUAUCUUAGGGGACGAAAUUAAGGAUCGGGUUUAUUUUGUCAGUACCAAGGAACUACCAAAGUCUCAUCUUUUAGCCGAAGCUUUUCAUUUAGAGAAGAAGGAUGUGGAGCUUAACCUUAAGCUUAAGGGGGGAACUCAUGGUUUUACUAUAAAGUUUUUGGUUGAGAAAGCCAUUGCCUUUUCUGAUGUUGGGAGUUGGAUAACUUUCAACGCUAUUUUCGCUUUGCUCAUCUAUGGGAUAGUGUUGUUUCCUAGUAUGGAAGACUUUGUGGACCUGACAUCUAUUCACAUCUUCCUCUCCAAGAAUCUGGUUCCUACGCUUCUUGCUGACACUUAUUACUCUAUUCAUACAAGGAAUCAAAAUAAGAAGGGUAUUGUGGUUUGUUGUGUUCCUUUGUUGUUUAGGUGGUUUAUUUCGCAUCUACCCAAUAAGGACAAUCUCAAGUGGUCUCGGAGAAUCAUGUCUCUGACUGCUAAUGAUAUUCUAUGGUAUUCUCGAGCCUACGAUGAUGUCAAGGUUAUCCCGAAUUGUGGAAGUUUCCUUAAUAUGACCAUAUAG